UUUAGAUUUAAACAUAUGUUUCUCGCCCUCGAACUUCACAUCAUGAGUUUCCCAGGAUCUUCACCGCAUAACAGGCCACCGGCCCCCUGAACCAUCACCAUGAAGCUACCACAGACCGCGGCAUCGCUGCUCAUCCGCAGCCUGAUCAUCUCCCUGGCUUGGAUAUCCACCACGACCGCCCACCACGUGAUAACAUACCCCGGCACGCGCGGCAACAACCUCGUGGUGAACGAGACGUUCCCCUUUGGCAUGCAGUGGACGUACCCUUGCGGCGGCCUGGCCCCGACCACGAACAGAUCCUUCUACCCGCUGACCGGAGGCGCCUUUGCGGCCCAGCCCGGCUGGUUCCGCGGCCACUCCGAGUCGCUGUGGUACAUCAACCUCUGCGUCGGCGAGGAGCCGCGCAACUGCUCCCAGCCCAUCACGUCAGUCUUUCGCAUCCGCGGGCCCGCCGGCGACAACCCUUUCCCGGGGACCUUUUGUAUUCCACACCUGCCGCUGCCCGAAGGGUUGGGGCUCAAGGCUGGCGACAAGGCGUCCAUCCAGGCCGUCCAGACCCAUAUCCAUGGUGCGCCGGCGUAUUCUUGCGCCGACGUCGAGUUUACGGAUGACAGCUCAAAGGUGCCCCCUGUGACCGUAUCUAACUGCUUCAACUCGACGAACUUGGUUGUGGAACAAGUCCGGAUCGUCAGCGGCGACUCUUCCCCCACCGCCGUGCCUGCAGCUGAGCAAUCGAGUCCGCCAUCAAGUUCUGGAGAGAAACGCAGCGUUUCCAGGCUUUCGGGUCUGUUGGGUCUCGCAGCCUUGCUUUGAGGAUAACUCUUUUUUUUUUUUUUAAAAAAAAAAAAA